AUGGCCCGUAUGGAGAAGAACUACUGGACCAUGUACUUCGACGGCUCCAGUACCGAGGCCAGGUCCGGAGCCGGAGUCGUGAUCGAAUCCCCUCAAGGACAAAGGUGGAAAUUUGCGUUCCAGCUUGAUUUCAAAUGCACCAACAAUCAGGACGAAUACGAAGCACUCAUCAUCGGCCUCGAAAUUUUGAAAGAAAUGAAGGCGACCCGUGUCUUGGUCUACGGUGAUUCUCAGCUGGUAAUUAACCAACUGACCGGGGAAUACCAGUGCACGAGCGAGAAUUUAAUUAUGUAUUACGUAGCGGCCCUCAAUACGACCGACGAUUUCUCCAGGAUUUCCUUUGUCCACGUACCACGCGCCGAAAACCAUGAGGCCAAUGAGAUGGCCCAAGUGGCGUCAGGUGUGAAUAUUCUGGACAAUGACCACGAUCGUGUGGUAAGAAUCGAGAGGUGUACCUUGCCAGCUUUGGCUGAACGGGGAAUGACAACGAAAGUGUCAUCGGCCGAUAUCACCGACGAAGUCAACACGGCCGAGGCCGAUUGGCGUUACCCCAUAGUAAGGUAUUUGCGCGACCCUUCCGGCAGCCAUGAGAGGACUACACGUUUCCGAGCUCGGUGUUAUUUAAUUUACCAGAACGAGCUAUAUCGAAAGGGAUCAGACGGCUUAUUGGUCUUAUGUCCCAGCGCCGAAGACAUCAAGAGGGUGUCCAUACACCCGGCUGAUGAAAAACCCUUUGAAACCAACGCCGUGCAAGCGUGGAUUUACGACGACGACGUUGGAUGGGUUGUCCUCACCGGCCACGAUGCAGCAUGGCCGUUCACAGGUUGGGCCGUGGAUAUCAUCGGCAAAAUCUAUCCGGCCGCGUCCAACCAACACGCAUGGAUUUUGGUGGCAACCGACUAUUUUACUAAAUGGGUUGACGCGGAGUCCUAUCGGUCAAUUUCUAGUGCACAGGUGGUCGAAUUCUUCAAGAAACACAUCGUCGGUAUACCUGAAACUAUCACGGCCGACAACGGCCCAGUUUUCGCAUCGGCCGAAACCCGGGAGUACACCGAAAAAAUGGGGAUCAAAUUGGUUCACUCAACACCUUACUACCCCCAGUCUAACGGACAGGCCGAGGCGAGCAACAAGGUAAUCAAGGGCAUCCUUGAGAAAAUGAUUGAGGAAAAACCAAGGGCAUGGCACGACUUACUCCUUGAAGCCCUUUGGGCUUACCGAGUCACAAAACGAUCAGCCACGGGCACAUCUCCUUAUGCCUUAACCUACGGUCAUGAUGCCAUCGUUCCAAUGGAGUUAAAGGUUCGGUCUCUCCGUGUGACCGAGCAGCCUGGUGAAGAAAGGAAGGGCUAUGCGCAAGCUAUGGCUUAG